AUGAUGUGGAGAGUACUCGAUAGUGUUUUACGAAAGUUGAAUACGUUUUGGAACGAAGUUGAAGGAUUUAGGCAAAACAUGAGAGGAUUAAUAUCGGAGAGGUUAAGAGGGCAAGAUAAACUUCAAACAACAACAGAUGAGUCUUACGAUAGUUGUGAAGACAGUGGAUUUGCAGAUGAUGAAGGUCUACGGUGUACGAGUAGUGAUAAUAUAAACGCUUCCAGUGCCCAGACACGACAUAGAGACAGUGAAAGCGACGACUGCGAGCUCAAUGAUAAUGAUUUUGUACUAGAUUGUGACUUGAAGAACCAGCAGAGAAUAACAUUGAUGUCGUUGCUGUAUUCUCGUGCGCUCGAGAGAAAGUUGAAUGGGUUUCGAGCAAGGAAGCUUUCGUUUGUUAGGAAACAUAAAUAG